AUGAUGUCACUUGCUGAUCUGACGGAAAUAGACAAGUGCCUCUUGACUCGUUCAUGGAAUCUUGUGUCGAAGAACAUGGAAACAAUGGCAGUGGAUAUAUUUGAGAUGAUUUUCGAGCAAGCGCCGGAUGCCAAACUGAUGUUCACAUUCAUGAUGAGAGAUAAUACCGAUGAUGAGAAGAAAUCCAGCGAAUUCGCCUUUCAUGCACUUCGUUUCAUGCAGGUGAUAGAGAGCACUAUGGAGCAUUUAGAAGACCCUCAGACAUUGGACCCAUUACUUGCAAAUGUUGGAAAAAUACACGCUCGUCAUGAAGAACGCCUCGGUUUCAGGUUUGCACCGGCCUUUUCUUUCAGUUUUCCCCUUUUCUUUCAGUUC